AAUGUUUUUUUUAUUUUAUUAUAACGGAUUAUUUGUACUAGUUUAUAAAUAUGGAUGAAAAUGACGACGAAGCCCCUGAUCUAGUUGAACCAAACAAGCCUAUUCCCGUUACUAUUAUUACUGGUUUCUUAGGAGCAGGAAAAACUACUUUGCUUAAUCAUAUCCUAAAUAACAACCAUAAUAAAAAGAUUGCCGUUAUUCUAAAUGAAUUUGGCGAAGGGUCUGCCUUAGAGAAGUCUUUAUCAAUCAGUGACAAAGGGGGAAACAAAUACGAAGAAUGGUUGGAAUUGCAGAACGGAUGUCUUUGUUGCUCUGUUAAAGAUAUUGGAGUGAAAGCCAUCGAAAAUCUUAUGAAAAAGCGUGGGAAAUUUGAUUAUAUUUUAUUAGAAACUACUGGGCUUGCUGAUCCGGGCCCAAUUGCAGCCAUGUUUUGGCUUGAUGAUGCGUUAUGCAGUGAUCUGUACUUAGAUAGUGUUAUUACUCUUGUUGAUGCUAAGUACAGUAUGAAGCAUUUCCAGAAUGAGAAAAACUCUGUGAGCCAUAAAGGCUUUGAUUUUGAGCGUCAGAUUGCUCUUGCCGAUGUAAUCCUAUUAAAUAAGAUCGACUUGAUUGAGGUAAAUGAAUUGAAAAACUGUCGGUUACAUGUAGAAAGUGUAAACAGUUCUUGUUUGAUUUUGCCAACUUUGCGCGGAGUAGUCGAUUUAAAUGAUGUACUCGAUUUGCACUGUUACGAUUCGGCUAACGUACAUUUUAAGUUUACAUAUAGCAAUUUAAACCCCCAUAUUGAGUCAACCAUAUCCACAAUCACUUUGGAAUUUAAUGGAGUUUUUCGAGAACGAGAUUUGGAUGCUUGUUUAGAAGAACUUCUUUGGACAUCAGUGAGUUCGAUAGUUAUUUUUAGACUAAAAGGGCUUGUCAAUUUGUCGGAAAAUUCGUCUAGUUCUUAUCUUUUACAGGCUGUUUAUGACAUGUAUGAGAAAUAUGAACUAAAAGAUCGUUUACCGGUUAAUAGACUUAUUUUUAUUGGUAAAAAUUUAGAUAAAAGUAUUCUUGUUAGACUUUUUACAUCACGAUUGCUGAAUUCUGAAUGAUUAUUCA